AUGUCCUCCUCCAGACUGGGGCUCUGUUUGGCUGUCUGCUUACUAAACAUUUCAGAAGCCAGAAAAAAAUAUGUUGUUGAGAACAUAGCAAAAGCAGCUUUUGAAAAAAAUGGGCAGAAACAUCCUGAAGUAUUAGUGCUCAAUAUAUUUUCUGAUCAAGACUACAACAGAUCAGUUAUUACAAUAGCAACUUCUGUUGAUAAGUUGGGCCUUGCUGAGGACCUGGUCCUGCACCUUCCUGGCUGCAGUGUGUUUCUCUUUGGUGAAGCCAACCUGCCUAAGAAGCUCAGUCUUGUCCAGAGAAGGAAGCAGCUGGGCUGGUUCACAAGGAGGGAUUUCAGUGCUCUUGAGCCUGACCUGCCCGAAGAUGAGGUCUAACAGGUUCUAAGUGUGGCCUUAGUUCUGUUCUGUUUUGUUUUUUAUUCUUUUUUAAAAAAUCUUUUUAUUUAUUUAUUUAU